CCCUAGAAUUAGUGCUACACUAACUCCCCACAUUAUAUAUAAAAAAACCCCGCGAACUCCGCCACGCUCUCCAUUUACUCCGAACCGAGCGUGGCGGAAAUUACGAGAAUACCCUCCUCGGAGCUAUGGGCUAUAGAAGAGGCGUGUUGAAGCACUAGUAGGAGCACAGGAGAGGUACUGAAGAAGAUAACAAGGGUUUAGCACUUUAGCUAGUGGAGAAGGAUCUACUCCCCAAGAACAUUAUGCAGACACCAAAAACCAGGAAUGGAUCCUCAGAUGUUCCGCAGAGGACAUCUCCAGCCACACCUCGAUCGGCCCGUGUGAGCAAGACCGGAGGAAACGAAUCUGACACUUCCGGGAUUACUCCGAUGAAAACCAUGACUGAAAGAAGCCCGAAGGUCGUCGAACGACGGUCCCCGAGAAGCCCAGCGACGGAGAAGAAGCGCCCGAGCAGGAUAUCGGAGUUAGAAUCCCAGGUCAAUCAGCUGCAGGAGGAUUUGAAGAAGGCCAAAGAUCAGCUGAGUUCGGCAGAAACAUGGAAGAGAAAAGCCCUGCAAGAAGCCGAGGAAGGUAAAAAGCAGCUUCUCGACGCGUCCCUAAAGCUCGAGGACUCCCAAAAGCAGCUUCUCGAUUUCUCCGCUGCUGAAGAAUCUCGCCUUCAAGAACUGCGAAAGAUAUCUCAAGAACGCGACCGAGCUUGGCAAUCCGAGCUCGAAGCCGUUCAGAACCAGCACUCUGUGGACUCUGCGGCUCUGGGCUCGGCCAUGGCCGAGAUUCAGAAGCUGAAACUGCAGCUAGAAGCGUCUUCUCAAUCUGAGGCUGAUACAAUGAAGCAAUCCGAAGAAGCCCAUUUGAAGCUUAAGGCAUUCGAGCAAGAGAUGGAGGAGAAACUUGCUAUUAUUGAGAGCCUCAAUGUUCAACUUAAGGACGGCAAAAAGGCCGAAUCUGAGGCAAAAGCUAUGGUCAGCGAGAGCCAGGAGCUACUAGGUAAGGCGAAGAUUACUAUCGAAGACCUUCGUGACGAAGGAUCGAAGCUGCGAGAGGCCCUUAGAUUGAAGGAGGCGGAGUUAGAUGAGUUUAAAGAUCAAGUUAAAUCGCUCGAGCAUAUCGCAACGAACUCUCAAUCUGGUCACCUGGAGUCGGAGAUAGAGAAACUUAGAUCAACACUCGAAGCGGCUGAGAUUAAACACCGCGAGGAGCAAACCCAGAACGCGACGAAGAUCGAAACUGCAUUCAACACGGUGGAGAGUUUGAAGAUCGAACUGAAGAAGAGAGAAGAGGAGGUUGCGGAACUUAAGGCUACUCUAAACGAAAAGGAAAUCGCACUGCAAUGGCUCGUGGAUUCUAACAAAGAAGAGAACUCGGAGGAGAUCGAGAGGACCCGAAUGAACCAAAUGCAAUCCGAACUGGAAGCGAAGUUGAUAAAGUCCGUCUCGGACAUCGCGGAGCUCAAAGCCAACCUCAUGGACAAGGAGAACGAGCUGCAGAGCAUCUCGGAGGAGAACGAGACCCUAAAAGUGGGAAAGGCGAAGCAAGAGGCGGAGAGCCAUAAACAGUACGAAACCGCCAUCGCCGAGCUCGAGCUGGCGAAGGCGGCGGAGCAAGAGGUGAGGAUGAAGCUCGGGUACGUCACGGAGGAAGCCGACAAGAACAGCAGGAGGGCCGCGAGGGUGGCGGAGCAGCUGGAGACAGCGCAAGCCGCGAAUUCGGAGAUGGAGUCGGAGCUGAGGCGGCUGCGGGUGCAGUCGGAUCAGUGGAGGAAGGCGGCGGAGGCGGCCGCGGCGGCGCUCACUACGAACAACGGGAGGUUCAUGGAGAGGAGCGGGUCGAUGGAUUCGGAUUAUAACUCGAUCGGCGGGAAGCUGAUGAGCUCGCCGUUCUCCGACCUGGACGACGAGUCGCCGAAGAAGAAGAACAACAAUGUUCUGAGGAGGAUGAGUGGCUUGUGGAAGAAGAGCCCAAAGUGAGGACCUACACUUUGCUUGAUAUAACUAGGAGUUAAAUGCUGAGGAAAGGUGCAGCUCAGAGAGAGAGAGAGAGAGAGAGAGAGAGAGAGAGGUGAUAUGAGAGCUUAUGCUUCUUUUUUCUCCUGAAUGCUUGUAAAGUUUCUGUUUUAUCAUCUGCUACUCUACUUUGAAGCUGGAGAGAGGGCACCUUAACUACUGAUGUGGAUACUAUUCAUAACCUCUUUCUCAUUAUUAUAUUCAUCUUUUGUUAACA